AUGGCGGACAUCACAAUUGGGGUUUUGUCUCUCCAGGGGGACUUCCAGCCUCACAUAAAGCACUUCCAUAAAUUAGAACAUCCACAGUUGAAGGUUAUAGAAGUUCGAAAUAAAGAGGACCUGAGCACCUGUGACGGUCUUGUCAUACCCGGCGGGGAGUCCACGACAUUGAGGAAGUGUUUCGCCUACGAUAACGAUGUCUUAUACAAGGCCUUAAGAGAAUUCAUCCACGUGAAGAAGAAACCCGUAUGGGGGACCUGUGCGGGAUGCAUCCUCCUCUCGAACAACGUGGAGAACAAUGAGACACAGAGCCAAGCAUACGGGAAGAAUUUUUCCUUGGGGGGGCUGGACAUUACGAUAAGCCGGAACUACUACGGCUCGCAGAACGACAGCUUCAUAUGCUCACUGAAUGUGCACUCAGAAAGCAGUGCCUUCAAGAAGAAUUUGCGGGGCGCCUGCAUACGAGCCCCGUACAUAAAGGAAAUUCACUCGGACCAGGUUCACACACUCGCGACAUUUUCGCACGAACCCUUCGGCUCCAAUAUAAUAGCAGCUGUCGAACAGGACAACUGCUUGGGCAUGGUUUUCCACCCAGAGCUAAUGCCGUACAGUUCCUUUCAUCAGUAUUUUUACGAGAAGGUUAAAAAUAGUAAAAAGUGA